AUGACCGUCGAUUUCAACGACUAUUUUUGGGGCGAUAAAAACAAUGGUUACGAGGUGCUGUACCAAAACAUGAAGUAUGGCUUGUCGGCUACGAAAGAGCUGGCGGAAUACUUCCGCGAACGCUCGAAUCUCGAAGAGUACAACUCGAAGCUGCUGACGAAGCUUGCCAACAAGGCGGGCUCGAGCGGUGGUGGCACAUUUUCACCGCUCUGGAUCAUCCUCAAGUCCACGACCGAGCGGCUGUCGGAGCUGCACGCACAGAAGGUGCAGAAGCUGACGGAGCUGGUCAAGAACGUCACCAAGUACGCGGAGGAUCUGCACAAGAAGCACAAAUCGGUGAAGGAGGAAGAAUCGGGCACGCAGGAUGCGGUACAGGCGAUGAAAGAAUCGACAACGGCCGUGGCGAAAGCAAAGGACAUCCACAAUGCACGGCUGCAGGAGGUGGAAAAGGCACGGAAGGACAAUUCGACCAAGGAGAUCGAAAAGUCGGAGGCAAAGCUACGCAAGCAUCAGGAUGACUACAAGGCGCUGGUGGAGAAACACAACAUAAUCAAGCAGGAGUUUGAAAAGAAAAUGACAAUAACGUGUAGGCGUUUUCAAGAAAUGGAAGAAGCGCAUCUGAAGCAGAUGAAAGAGUUCCUCUCGUCGUACAUGGACAUUGUGCAGAACAAUUUCGAUCUGGUUGGACAGGUCCAUUCUGAUCUGAAGCGUCAAUUUUUAGAGUUAACCGUGGACAAACUUCUGGAACAGUUCGUGCUCAACAAAUACACCGGUUUGGAGAAGCCAGAGCUAAUUGAGCUUGAUUUUGAAAGUGGCACCGCAAAUGCUUCCGGUGCGGGUAGUGGCAAUAAUAGCCACCAGCUGCUAGUAAACACGUCAGCCUCGGUCCCGGGUGGUAGUACGUCGCCCGCAGCAUCCUCUCUGGCGGGCGGUUUGCUUGAAUCACCGACCCUGUCAGCUACCAGCUCCUCACAACCGAUCAACAUUGGUCCGACGCCGACCAGCAAGAAGGAAAGCAGCCAUCUUCGAUCGUGGUUUAGUUCGAGCUCGACCGCAGCCGUCCCAACUAACUCGCCGGUCAAUCUGUCCACAUCACCCACAGCCACCUCGGUAGGCGGUGGUGGGCUGCGGUACGAUGGACACGGCGCAUCGGACCUUUCCACUCAGCAUCACCCAAUGUCCUUGCGCGCCAUGUCGCCGGUGCCAUCGGUGCUGAACGAAAGUAGUAGCGUUUCCGGAUCCGCACAAAGUACGAGCAAACACUCAAUCUCCGGGUUUCUGCGCAGCCGACGCGAGAAGGCCAAAUCGAAGAAAGCCAAAAAGAAGAAAGAUUCCACGGAAAAUUCCAGUGCCAAAGAGGAAAAUAUUUUGGACGGUGAUAGCAAGGGCGAAUCAGCAAAUGCGGACAGUGCUACCAAUCUGCAAACUACAUCCGCGAUCAGUGCAUCGAACGUCGCACCGACGGCAACACCCGAAGUCGAUGAGGACGGUUACAGUAUACAGCCGCGCGAAACUACGUGGGAUAGUGCGACGAUCACGGAAAAGAGCAAUAACUUCUACUCAAGCUCCGAUAGUGACAGCGAAGAUGAACGAGAAGAGAAAAAAAUACACGUUGAAAUUAAACCGCUUAACAAUGGUGCCGCACCCAUUUCGGCGAGUGUGGAUGAGCUGCGAGCAACGGUGGAAAAUCUGUCAUUGUCACCUAUCGGUAUUUUAACAUCGCAACAGCAACAGCAGCACCAUCAACAGCAUCAGCAUCAUCAGCUACAGCAGCAGCAACAACAACAAUCCUCACAGGCACAUGCGUUGCACCAUCAGACGUCGGUCGGGAACGCGUCGCUUUUGAACAACAGUAACGCCACGCACCUCACUAGUCCCAACGCAUCGAAUGCGUCUACGCCGACCACAGUGCAUCCGUAUGCGCCACUCCAAAGCCCAACCCUAUCGAUGUCAACGAGUUCGAACAAUCGAUAUGCCGAUCUUGGGGACAUCUUCUCGGAGGUGGGCGAUAUAAGCAUCUCGGCACCUGCGUCCGCGAACCUAACGAAGCUUACACAACGACAAAUCCCAACACCGACUUCCGCCGGUGGUAGCAGUAUCGCUAUACCGAGACCUCCAUCCAGACGAUCGGAAGCGGCUGUUGCACGGGAUCGAGUAAGUCCUGCAUCACAGAUCGCACGUGCCGACAGUGUCGGGAGCUUGGAGUUUCGAAGCCCGAGCGUUGGUAUUGGAUCCUCUCGCGGUCCAUCCCCGUUGACAAUCGGCAUGUCCGACACGAUUCCAUUGGCUGUUGCAUUCCACGAAAUUAUUCAUGCGUACUUCAAAGGGGCUGACGAGUCCCGAUGUCAGGUGAAAAUGUCGGGCGACAUGAUGAUAUCAUUCCCGGCUGGUAUUGUUAAUGUGCUGACGAACAAUCCCAACCCGGCCAAGCUGGGCUUCCGCAUCAAGAAUCUCCAACAUCUCGACAACGUACUGCCCAACAAGCAGCUCGUCACGAUCGAUCGCCUACAGUCGACCAGCUUCAGCACGACGCUUGAGUUUAACAUGCCAGUAUUAACGGCGACCCUGCGGCGUCAAUCCGAACAGAACCCGAACGCACCGCACAUUAACGUCGACAUCCUGAAGUAUCAGAUCAAGGCAAAACCGGGUGCCGCGUCCUGCCCGUUCCAGCUCGUGUCCUACUGGAAGUGUGAACAACGGCACACGGACAUUAAGAUCGAUUACAAGUAUAACUGCCACGCGAUGGCUCAACCGUCUCCGUUGCUGAACGUUUCCAUCUCGGUGCCGGUCGACGGUGGCGUAAAGAAUGUACAAUCGAAACCACAUUCCGCAUGGCAAGGAGAAUCGAACCGAUUGGUGUGGAACUUUACGGAUAUAUCGCAACACUCCGAGAGUGGUGGUGUUGAUACGCUCCGGGCACGACUCGAGGUUGGUACGGGACCGUCGACACCGGCCAUCAUUUCAACUCAGUUCAACUGCGAAGGAACGACACUGUCUGGAAUUGAGUUCGAGCUAGCCGGUUCUGGCUAUCGACUGUCGCUUGUAAAGCGCCGCUUUGUAUCUGGAAAAUACAUCUGCGAAGGGGACGGAAUACGAACGGUAAAAACACCUACACCACCAAACGUGUCGGGCGUUAUGUCACCGAUCCCGUUCGGAAGCGGCAAGUCUGCAAACACUUCAUCCGGUGGCACAACCGGAUAG